GAGACAUGGGCCAGUGUGUCACGAAGUGCAAGAACCCGUCAUCCUCGCUCGGCAGCAAAAGUGGAGACAAGGAGUCGGGCUGCAAGUCUCACAAGAAGGGGGUGGGCGGGGCAGGGGCAGGAGGGGGGAGCGCCGGCGGCGGCCACAAGGAGGAGGCCGGCCCGGGCUGCGGCAAGUCUGCUGGCGACCUGCUGGCCAACGGCACCAAGACAAUGGAGGUGACGGCGGAGACGGCGCCCCCCCCGGCCCCCCUGGGUGAGCAGCGCAGGGAGGAGCCGUCGCCCAACGGUGAGGAGUUCUCCCUGGUGCACGUGGAGGAGCUCUUCAGCUGCUACAAGGAUGAGAAGGACGACGCCAUCCUGGAGGAGGGCAUGGAACGCUUCUGCGAUGACUUGUGCGUGGAUCCAGCCGAGUUCCGCGUACUUCUGCUGGCCUGGAAGUUUCAGGCGGCCACCAUGUGCAAGUUCACGAGGAAGGAGUUUGUCGAGGGCUGCAAGGCCAUCAAGGCAGACAGCCUAGAUAGCAUCUGUGCACGCUUCCCUUGCAUGCUACUAGAAGCCCAGGUGGAGGAGAAAUUCAAGGACCUGUACCGCUUCACCUUCCAGUUUGGGCUGGACUCGGAGGAGGGGCAGCGCUCGCUGCAUCGGGACAUCGCCAUCGCGCUCUGGCGCCUGGUCUUCACCCAGGACACUCCGGCCAUCCUAGACUGCUGGUUGGACUUCCUGACGGAGAAUCCCUCGGGGGUGAAGGGCAUCUCGCGGGACACGUGGAACAUGUUCCUCAACUUCACUCAGGUCAUCGGGCCGGACCUCAGCAACUACAGUGAGGACGAGGCAUGGCCCAGCCUAUUCGACACCUUCGUGGAGUGGGAGGUGGAGCGACGGAAGAAGGAGGACGCCUUGGCUAAGAGGGCCCUCGGGGAGCCCAGCACGACAACGCCAGACUCGGGGGAUGAGGAGGCAGACGAGGGCAGCCAGAUUGGCCACUGACUGAUCUGGGAUUGCCAAUGAAAGACUCACUAAAAGUAAAACUGCAUCUGUGAAACUGUCACCAUUAUUGUUGUUAUUAUUUUGAUUUUUUUUUUAAUGAGGUGUGGGUGGGUAUGUAAGGGACUGGGGUAAUUUCUUAACUACCCUAAUAUGCCUUGUUUUAUGAAAGGGCUCUAGAAUAUUGUAUAAUGAUGCCAGGCUGUUUUAUUUAAAUUAUUAUUUUUUAUUUUCGUUUGGGUAACUGGAUGUGUUGUUCUUUUUUAAACUCUGACAUCCCCCUACACUUAAGAUGAUGGUGUCUGGCUCAUUGGGGGGGGGGAGACCUGGGUAUAGGGUCACCACAUUUCUCCAGGUGAUAGCGGAUGGUAUUAUGGAAUUUGGUAGGACCAGAACUCGUGUUUUUAACCGAGGGAGACGAUAAUGGAUUGAAAAAAAAGUUGAAAUCUCCUGCAGUUAUGUCAUUUCAGUUCCAUUUUUAUAACGUGCAGUGAUUUAUUAAAAAUAAAAGUUCAUCCAGUGGACCAUGAAAUGAAA